AAGGAGGCAGUUUGUGAGCGCACUGUUUAGGAGACGCGUGCUGGAAAAAGCACAGUUUCGUUUUCGCUUCGCUGUUCGGUUAGCGAGAUCCUGUUGGCACUAGUGUCUUAGACUGUUGGAACUCUUCAAACCGAGAGGAAUCAUCGUUGGCACCGGAUACAGCUGCCGAGAAAAGAAACCCUGUAGAAGAGCACUUUUGCCGAGAAGUACCAGUGACAUCAUUGGGACCUGCUGAUUUGAUCUGAGCCCGGAUACAAGUGGAUGCCAUACAGCUGAAUGCACUGCACGACAAGCCAGCCCGGUACUCUCAAGUGGCCCAGGAGGCCCUAGAAGAAAGGAGAGAUUCCUCAGCGCAUCUCGCCAAGUCCGAGAGACCGAAGCGCGACCGUGGUGGCAAGAAAAAGCAGCAGCAACAGCAGCUCCCGGACAACGAUCACGCCGACAACAUGCCAACGCUGAGCGGACUGCACCUGCCGUCGUCGAGUCCCACGGGCACCGGCGGAGUCGCUGCCCCGGGCGUGGCCCAGGCCUGCACGGUCGUUCGCAUCGCCGUCAUGGGUGCGGCCCGCGUGGGCAAGUCAUCGCUCAUACAACAGUUCCUGUACGGCCGCGUGCCCAAGCAGCACAACGCCACGGUGGAGGAACUGCACAGGCGAGACUACGGGUCCGCCAACGGCGGGCGCCACAGGCUGACCCUCGAGCUGCUUGACACGAGUGGAAGUUACCAGUUCCCGGCCAUGAGGCAGCUGGCCAUCACCACGGCGCAGGCGUUUAUCCUGGUCUACGCCAUCGACGACAUGGAGUCGUUCGAGGAGGUUCGUCGGCUUCGCAACGAAAUCCAAGAAGCCCGCUCGGAGCUGGGCAAAGGCAUGCCACCGGUGGUGGUCGUCGGAAACAAGGCCGACCUGGCGUUCAGGCGCCGCGUGGGCUACGAAGUGGCCGAGACCGUGGCCACCAUCGACUGGGAGCACGGCUACGUCGAAUGCUCGGCGCUCGAGGGCCUAGACGUGGCGCAAGUCUUUCACGAGGUGCUCAUGCAGAGCAAGCUCCCCGAGGUCCUGACCCCCUCCAACCGGCGGCGGCAGUCCUGCCCGGCGCAGGUCCACUCGCACAAGAGGCUCUACAGCAACGGUGCCAAGAGACACAGCUGCAUAAUUUCGUGAACGGCCCCAUGAAACCGCGGAACAUUGCGCGUGUGUUCUUAGCUAUAUCGCACAGUUCAAACGAACUACGUGGUACGUUGACUGGCGGCUUGAACGGGACAGCGAACGCCACUUUGCUUGCUCCAUUGAGAAGGAAGCCCAAGAUGACCACAGUGUAUAGUCGCAUCUAGGGGUUGGCGCCUGAUAAAAGUGAAGGUUGCGUGACGCCGUGCCUUUCCGCUGUUCAGAUAAGCGUUAUAAUGACUUCUAGCCGAGAGUGUUGGUUGAGUCUUGUGAAGGACAAAACAUGCUGCACCUUUUUCCCUUCUUCGAGCACAUUGUUUUCGAGGUCUUCGUCUGCUUGGCAGUGGUACUCUAAUUGCACAAGCUCUAGCGACGUAUUGUCUGUGACGCGACCUGUUGACAAACAAAUGCAGCAGGCGUCCAUCGGAGUUGCACGACGAAAGCCCUCGGGUUGCUCGUCGUUUUAGUGGAGUGCAAAGUAUAAAAAUUAAUCCAAUUGCCUCCGGAGACCCCUGAGUAGGCCCGAAUUCCUCAGCGCCCUAAUUAGAUGCAGGUAGCUGUAAAAAAAAAUUUGGCAUGUAGCGUUCACCACCACUUCUCUAGGCGUCCCAACGUACGCAUAUAUUCAAUGUGGCGCGACUGAAUGUCAAGACUCUGGGCAUGCACACCUAUGACGUAACAAUGAACGUGAUGAAAGCGAGCGGACAGGCCACGUGUACAGAAAAGUGAGAUGCCUUAUUCACACCAUGUGCUCGCUCAAUGAGUCGACGCCUUGUGCUUUCAUCACGCAUGAAAAUUUAUGUGAGCCUGUGGCGAACGCGUUGCUUAAGUUUGCUACACAGGCAACUGCGAUGCUGAUGUUGAUGUGUUACCCAGUUUCUCAAAGGACAGUUCCUUCUACUGUGUAACACGAACUGUCAUUUUAUUCUCUUUCUCUUUUGAUGACGACAGGCUUCUGCAAGUAGUCUGUUUGAGGCUCCCUCUGUGGUGAUGCCAUGAGAAGUGUUUUAGUGAACAUUUUCCAUUACAUAAUCUUCGGCAUACAGCCACAUGUUGAGGCAUUACGAACACGACAGGAGAUCUCCAUUUUUCAUACAUGUUGCGCUAGACACUAAGAAGGCGUGUUCACUGAUGCACUGGUACAAAGGCUUGCCUCCACGUGAUGUCCUCGUAGACAUUUCUGGUUGGACAGGCAGCGCGAGAGCAUUCACAUAUCAUUGAGCCGGUGACGCAUCACUGUUCUCUCUUGGAUCAUCCUGCUGCUACGAAAUGCGACAAUAGAUUAACAUUUUGUGGGAGCACACUUUUUUCGGAGAUCAAAGGAAGAGCAAGUGUGGAUGUCUUUUCGCCGAAAGCUUUCUUGCCAAUAUUGAGACACAGUGAGAGCGGAAUCGGUAACGUGAUUUAGCAGACUCGUCUAAAUGCGCUACAAAUCACAAUGGUUUCUUACGCAGCCUAAGACUUCGGCCUAUAUAAUUCGGCCUUCGGCAUGACUACAUGGUUAACUCAUUAAAUGCGUUUUCAUUCACGCUAUUUAGAUGUUGUGAUUGUCUGUCUGUGUUCCAUUGUUGUGAAUGCAUUGUAUUUGUUACAUUGUAUUUCUUGAAACAAGGGGAACGGUUGUAUCUAUAUACAAGAUCAAAACGUUUCGGUUGUGCACAUCAAAGUAAUAUAUGUAAAUACACAAGCGACUUCAAUGUAUGGGCUCCACAACUUCUCGUGCUGCCCUCACUCGCAGGGAUCCACGUGUGUACGUGCUGGAAUCCACCCUUGUGCUAUUUAAGCUAUACGCGUUUUACAAUGUUAUGUAUUGUCCUGUCAUUGUAAUAUAGUCCUGUCAUCGCAGUAUUUAUUUCCUGUAAAAUAAUAUCUGCUCUCACCUUUUCUUUCUUUCUUUUUGCGCGCACUGAACGAGUCUUCCAAUAAAGAAAUUCUGACAAAAAAA